CCGUGACCGUGGCUUCGUCUGAUCACUUUCUAUCAGAUACUCAAUAACUCAGACGCCAGUUAUUCUGCAGCAUGUCUUCGAGUAUCGAACUGAUCAAUCCAAAAGCCGAGAGCGUCCGACGGGCUGCAGCAUUGCAGGUCAACACUACCGGGGCGAUGGGACUCGCGAACGUGGUUAAGGGUAACCUCGGCCCGAGAGGAACGUUGAAAAUGUUGGUGGACGGGUCAGGUCAGAUCAAGAUGACCAAAGAUGGGAAAGUAUUGUUGUCAGAAAUGCAGAUUCAAAAUCCCACUGCUGCUAUGAUCGCUCGGACAGCCGUAGCUCAGGAUGACCAAGUGGGCGAUGGAACCACCUCGGUGGUUCUGUUGGUUGGAGAGUUGUUAAAACAAGCAGAUCGUUACAUCUCCGAAGGCGUGCAUCCGACCGUUAUUGCGGAAGGAUUCGACCUCGCCAAAAAAGAGGCCCUGUCCUUUUUGGACACGUUUAAACAACCUUCCAACCUGGACCGUGCGACCCUCAUAAACGUUGCUUUUACGUCGCUCGCAACAAAGUUACAUGCGUCUCUGGCCAAGCAGUUGGCAGCAGAUGUUGUUGAUGCCGUGCUAACCAUCCGGCCACCCCCGCCCUCAACAGAUUCUACGGAUCAGUGGCGCAGUCCUAUCGAUCUCCACAUGGUAGAAAUAAUGAAGAUGCAGCAUAGGACAGCUUCUGAAACUCAACUUGUACGUGGCCUUGUAAUGGACCAUGGGGCAAGACACCCAGAUAUGCCUAAGCGAGUUGAAAAUGCGUUCAUCUUGACGCUGAACGUCAGUCUGGAAUACGAGAAAACCGAGGUGAAUUCUGGAUUCUUCUAUUCAUCGGCCGAACAGCGUGAAAAGCUCGUGGAAUCCGAAAGGCGCUUCGUUGACGAGAAACUUAAAAAAAUCGUGGAGCUCAAAAACCAGGUUUGCGAUCAAGAUAUAGGAGGGAAAGAAAAAAAGAAGAGCUUCGUCAUAAUCAACCAAAAGGGUAUCGAUCCUCUCAGUCUAGACAUUCUUGCCAAGAACGGGAUUUUCGCUCUUCGCCGCGCGAAGCGACGAAAUAUGGAACGGUUACAGCUGAUCUGUGGCGGAGUAGCUCAGAAUUCUGUUGAUGACCUAACUCCUGAUAUCCUCGGGUGGGCGGGACUUGUUUACGAGCAUGCUCUGGGCGAGGAGAAAUACACAUUCCUAGAAGAAGUUAAAGAACCGAAGAGUGUUACCCUGCUGAUCAAGGGCCCAAACGCACACACAAUUCAGCAAAUUCAAGAUGCAUUAAGGGAUGGCCUCCGUGCUGUGAAGAAUGCUUUAGAAGACGAAGCGCUCAUACCAGGUGCUGGAGCGUUCGAGGUUUCAUGUGCCGCUCAUUUGAGUGGCCCUGUAAAGAGGACCGCCAAGGGACGAGUCAAAAUGGGUGUCCAGGCUUUUGCUGAUGCUUUAUUGAUCAUUCCCAAAACAUUGGCGCAGAAUGGAGGUUUUGAUGUUCAAGAUGUCGUCGUCGCUCUACAGGAUGAGCAAGCCGAAGGAAACACUGUGGGGAUUGAUUUAGAGUCGGGAGAGCCAUUUGACCCCAGCGUAGAGGGAAUCUGGGACAAUUACAGAGUUAAGAGGCAGAUGCUUCACUCUUGUUCCGUCAUAGCUGUGAAUCUCCUUUCAACAGAUGAGAUUCUUCGGGCAGGUCGUAGUUCUCUAAAACCAGAUGGACAACAGUAGAUUUAAGUAGUCUGAAGUACAAGUAUAACUGUAGCAUUUCUAAUGAACCUCGGUGAUGUUUUCAACUUCCCCGUAACUGUUCAUGUAUUUGAAGUCUUCAAGAAGCGGGCACAAAGACUACAGUCCAAAUUAUAUCCGAUUUACAAUAGGAAGCUUGACAUUGGUAAAAAAAAAGAAAAUUGAUGACAAUCUAGCAGAACUAAUAUGUGGAACUAGUGUAACAUGUCCAGUGAAAUGGAAUUGGUCAGUGGAACAAAUAAAUAAAUUUGUUGUCCACGCAUAGCGUUAGCAGUUCAAUCCGUAGAAAUAUCAGAAGAAGUAUCCCAUCCCGCAUUAUCCCAUCCCGCAUGAACAAAAUUUGGCGGAGAACUGGGAUCGUCUGUACAAAAAGUAGCCGAUUUCUGAAGAUAUUGUGACAUAGGAGUGGCAGGAGUAUUUUUCCAAGGGACGACGGCUGGGAGCUCCGAAUCAUAAACGACGCGAAAACGGGAGGCCAUAGACUCUAUUCUCUCGUCCUCUUCGGAAGAGGGGGUGUCAUCUGAGGCAGGAACAAAACAACUCGAUGUAUGAUCGGUGUUUUUAACGGCUACCUUAAGAGCUCCGAAUGAAGCUUGGCGUUGUAAUACAAAUUUCGAAGAAUCAGUACAAUCCU